AAAAAGGAGCUCUGUGUUAGCAGUCACUCCUCAUUCUUCCCCAGCUCUGUCCCCAGCCCCUGGCAACCACUAAUCUACUUUUCAUCGCUAUGGGUUUGCCUAUUUGGACAUUCCAUAUAAAUUGCAUUAGAUAUGUGACCUUUCGUGUCUGGCUUCUGUGACUUAGCAUGUUUUCAAGAUUCAUCUGUACUGUGGCAUAUAUUAGUACUAUUUUUAUGGAUGACCCAUAUUCCUUUGUAAGGCUAGGCUUUGUAUUUAUCCAUUCAUCAGUUGAUGGACAUUUAGGUCGUUUUUGUUUUUAGCUAUUAUGAUAGUGCAGCUGUGAACGUUUUUGUACAAGUUUUUGUGUAAACUUUAUGUUUUCAGAGGCAACUGCUUUUAAAGUUUUGGUUAUAUCUUGAGUAUUUUCUUUGUGAAUGUAUGUAUGUUUUUACAUACAAACAUCUACUUUUGCAAAUGUGGGAUCAUGGUAUACACACUAUCGUGUAGCAUGCUUCCCUCCACUUGGCCAUAUAUCAGGGAAGGUUUGUUUCCAGUUGGUUAUGAUUUUAGCCCAUUCUCCCUGGGUAAAGCAUCUUCAAUACUCCAGGUCUUCAUUCUGCAGGUCCCUAUCACUGUUCAGUCCAUCGUCAUUCAGUCUCUAAAUAAAACGCUCACCCGACGGGAAGACACUGAUGUGCUGCAGCCGGCUCUCGUCAACGCUGGACACUUUAGCCUUUGCAUGAAUGUUGUGCUUGAGGUAAAAUACAGCCUCACAUACACAGAUGCAGGUGAAGUCAUCAAAGCCGAUCUCUCUUUGCUUCUGGGGACAGUUAGCAGUGUAGUGGUUCCACUGCAGCAAAAGUUUGAAAUUUAUUUUCUUCAGGAAAAUACCAAGCCGGUCCCUCUCAGUGGAAACCCUGGUUAUGUCGUGGGGCUCCCGUUAGCUGCUGGAUUCCAGCCUCAUAAGGGGUCUGGAAUUAUUCAGAUCACAAAUAGAUACAGACAGCUUACUAUUCUUCAUAGCACAACUGAGCAAGACUGCUUAGCACUGGAGGGGGUCCGGACCCCAGUAUUAUUUGGUUACACUAUGCAAUCUGGCUGUAAACUAAGGUAAGAGAGUCGCUUGCUUCUAUUUGAACAUGUUUGUGUUGAUCAGAAAACAAGGCAUUCUUACUUUUCCCCAUUUUAAUCAAAUCUCUGCAUCAGCUGAUGAGCUCAUCUGAAAGCUGCACGUGAAUUAUAUCAUAAUUCAUGAAUAGUAGCAAAACUAUUACAGUCAUUUUCAUUAUCAAAUAUGGCAAAGCAAAAAUUUCAAGGCUUUGUAUGUUUCUUUCUUUCUUUUUUUUUUUUUUUUUGAGACAAAGUCUUGCUCUG